AUGGCUGACCCAUUGGGCAUCGCCGGCACCGCCGCCGGGCUGGUGUCCCUGGGCUUGCAAAUUUACGGCGAGAUCUCCAAGUACAUCAAGGCCGUCAAAGGCAGAGAGGAAGAUUUGAGAGCGGCAAGGCAGAACGCAGAGAUACUGAGAAAGUGCUUGAAUGCCAUGAAGGGGGCGACAGCAUCGACAAAUACCGCCCGAGCGUCAUCGGAGGACGCAGUUGACGAGUGCAUCGCCUCUGUCAAAGAUGAGCUGAAACAAUUGGAGGACUUGUUGACGCGUCUACGAGGCUCGGAAUCUCCCUCAGAUACACUCUCUGCAAAGGCCAGGAAAAGGGGGAGGCAGUUGAUAUAUCCUUUUCAUAAGGACAGUAUUGUCGACCUCGAGAAAAGACUGGCGUCUACGAAUGAUGUCCUCCAGACGGCGUUGCACGCCUUGGGAAUGUAA